UGUGGCAGUGAAUCCCAGCGACGCGCGAAGCGCGGACGUGUCCAACGUUCCUACGUUUUGUUAGCCGGCUGGACGUUUAUACGGAAUUUUGUUUUUUAAUUCAGCGUUCACGCGACUCUAAUAUUUCGAUCAACGUGGAUCGACGGUUAGCCAAUUUACUCCCUGCCUUUCUCCAAUCUUAUCGUACGUAGUGUACGCAUGGUGUGCUCUCGCAGUGUUUACAUAUAUACAUACAUCUCUCUCUCUGGGAAACUUUAAAGUUCUUCUAAUUCAACGCGCGCGUAUCUCACGGCUAAUUUUGACCGACGUUGACGGAUACCGGCGGUUGUUCCAUCUCUAACACGCUUUCGUUUCAAUUUUACUUCCGCGUUACGUUUCGCGCUCGACGCACAAGAUGCAAAAAAGGCGAUGUAGAUGCCCGAGCUAUUGUACGCGGCCAGUACUAAAAAUACACGUCAAAGCAUAACGGGUAUAUCCUUCUCUCGUCACGAUCCGACGACUCGACGGUUUUUACUCCUUGAAACCGUCGUCGGACGAUUCUCUCGAGAUGCUCCGCGAUAAAGGCCAGGUCCGAUAAAGAGCGGCGCGUCAUUCUCACGUAAGUGUCAUCGUUUGUGUCCUUCGCUCGUUGCGUAGUUUCCGGCCCGUGCCGUGCCGUGCACGAGCGCGGGACGACCGACGCCUCUCGGGAUUCUCGCCCACGUCGCGCGUCGCCUCGCGAUAGGUACUCGCAAUGCUCCCGAUGGUCUCCUCCUCGGUCUCCUCCCGUCGGCGGCGUCGCGGCGUCCGCGUUGCACGGACUUAAUAUAGUUAAUAUCUCGUCGACUUAGGUUCGCACAUCAGCAUCCCUUCGCCGACGAACAGGCCGUUUCGCCCGAGGCCCGGUGGUGUCAAACAGCGGCGAGAGCGCGCGAGCACGCGUAAUAAACUCGUUUCUUCACGCUGUAAUGCCCCACACUCGGCAACGAGACCCCGCGGAAGCCUACUCGCGUUAAUUACCUCUCUUUCUCUCCCUCACGGCUGGAAGAUAAUUCCCCGCGAAUCUCGCGUCACGUUACAUCAGCGUUUUCUUCACACCUAUCGAGCUACCGAACUAUAGUACCGUUUUCUAAACAUCAUAACAUGAGAACGGGAUUCUUUUUUUAGAUUUUGCGAUGGAACGUGAGCGCUAAUGCGAAGUGAGAUUUGGGACUCGUCGUCUUCGUGUCGUGUCGCGAGUUUUAAAUUCUUCUUCACCUCGUGGCUCAAGCUUUGUAUCAGCAAAGGAAGCGAGAGGAAGAAGGAGAGACUCGAGAACGUCGUAAAGCGCGUCCCGGAUUAAAACCACCGUGUCGACAGCUCAUGAUACAAUCGCGCGGCACAAUAUCUUCCUCUAUAUAAACGACUUUUUAGACAUUCUCCGCACCACGGACAAACGCUCGCUUCAACGAUGUUGCAUUGCACAGAGACGCUCCUCCGAAUUAAAUGCCGCCGUAAAAAAUGACCUUGGCGAGAAAAAACUUGCCUCUCUUCCUUUCUCACUUCUUUUCGCCGUUCUACCUCGACUGUGUUAUCUCGAUGACGCAAUUAAAAAAAGCGGCCUGUUCGAUUUCCAAGCAGAGAUAGCGCGAAGCUGUAGCGUCGACACGAGAAUUCCGAUAAGUCAUUUUCUAAUUUUCAAUUAAACGCAACUGAACCAGAAGAGUUAGAUCUUUAGGCAAGCACGCUGUCUAAAAUUUAAGAGAAAGGGACUUUGCGCAAAGUCCAGUUAAGAAUCGAAAAUAAGAACGUAUGUAGACUGAAUUGGAAAAAAAACAUCGCGAACGUAGCUUGCAAAUCACGAGAUUCCCCGAUCUUAUUCUCGAGGCAAACUAGUCACGUAUUUGAAUGUCAAUUCCACGACGUAACAUUUGCAUUCGCACGAAGAGGAAAAAAACGCGGAAGCGCAUUCCAUCGCGCUGAACGAUAAUUCCGCUCGCGCGUGCCCGUGCCGCGGUUGGUUAGCGCGAUAAUUAAGCUUACGAUCCAAUUCCGGCGUGUCGGCGACCUUCCUCUUCCGUUUGGUCACAGAGAAAUCCGACGGUGGAGUCACGUUGACGUCAAGCUGAAGGGAAAUGUGCGCGUCCUCGCGGAUAAAUUUAGCCCUUUACCGUGCGAUUUUAGGGGCGUCACUCCCUCUGACCUUUCCGAAUGAACGACGACUGUGCCGCGAAAUAUUUCUGGGACGGCAGAGAAGCUGAGAAUUGGGACAGACGUGAUCGAGUGGAGUUUCCGAGAAAAAGUUCGAGGGCUACGAAAAGGACAGUCGGUAGCAUUUCCAACUUCCAAGCAAUCGUCUCGAUUAUCCUGGAAGUUGGAUUAAACGAAACUCGCGCGAUUUCCUCGCGCCCACCGUUUUUCAAUCAAAUAAAACGCAAACGUUCCGAGCGCGAUAACGUGAUAACGCUUUUCAAAAAAUCGCUCAGAUGUAAACGUCAAAAUAUAGGUCACCGAUCAAAUGCGCGAUCGAGCGAGAUUUCCCGGCGCCCUGUUCGAAGCGGCAUUAAUGAAGACGAAGAGAAGAAAAUCUCGGUAACGCAACGAAAAGUUUUGCUUGAAAAAUUUCGAGAAGCACGUAAUCGCGCGUUCUUCUCGAGUCUAGAGACAUGCGAUGUGAGAUCCACUCGGUCGCGUGAGAUCCACGAUCCACCCCACCACAUGAGGGACACCGUCGUCGCCGUCGCCGUCGCUCGAAAUUAAUUCGAUCGGCGUCGAUUGACUCGCGUUAUUCGUUGUGGCACGUUGCGAUAUAGGUCGGACGGACGGACAUUGUUACGUGACGUACAAGGCCGCGGUGGAAGCUGCGCUAGAUGAGGAAAUGAAACGAGGGAGAAAAGAGAGACGUGACGGACGUUACGCGUGAAUAGUCGCAUUCGCGGCGCGGCUAAACAGCGGCUUUAGCGGGAUAUCCAAUAUAGAUACAUCCGAGCUCGAUUUUUCAAUCGAAAAACGAUACUCGCACGCGCGGAAACAUUAUAAUUAAAGCGCGUCCACUCGCGUUUACGCGUGUGAAAUUAUGUAAUGUAAAGUUACGUGAUGUAAUUACGUGUGUUAUUAAAACAACGCGUUUUUUUGCGCCAGGAAAUCGCGAGCACCGCCGGAUAAGAGCAGAUAACUCAACAAUUCUAUUUAUCUCUUAAUGUAGAUCUUUCUACAAGGAUUAAAAUCUAUCUACGAAGAUUUUGUAUAGCCGAUACAGUCUGCGCGAUGUCUGUUUUUAAAAUAUCAUCUCGUCUUAUUAAAUCUUAUGCACGAUUUUUAUGUAUCCAGGAGAUUGGUGCGUCGUAAAGUAAUUUUAUACGAGCGUGCUAGCGCGUCAUCGAAUCGAUCUUAUCAAUUCAUUUCCGUUCUCACUUUCCCGAGAAACUGAUACACGAUGGGAACGAUUUGAGUGUCGAUGUACAUGUGCCAGCCCGGAGGCGGAAAGAGGAGCGUUACAGUUCGCGAGUGUUCAGUGCGAUUCUCCGAGCCGGUUUUUCUUCUCUUUCGAAGAAGAUAGGCGACGUGUGGCGGCAGAAACGGAAGAGGCCGCGAGUGAAACGACAUGGUCCAGAAACGUUAAUUUCGGAAACCAAACGGCGGAGAUCUCGCGACGCGACCCGCGCGCGCGAUCUCUCGCCGCAUGCGUACGCGCACGCAUACGCACGCGUGAGCAAUUCAAUUAAGGAAGCGCGGGCGUGCGUGCCCGCUCGCUCGCGUGCGCUCGAGCCCGAUCGCGCAGCGAGAUUAAUUUACACGUUGUACUCCUCCCCGUGGGAUGAAUGAACGUGACCCACACAUUUCUUCCUCCCGCCCGGGUCGCGACGCCGAGACAAGAAGAAGGAAGAAGAGGGGGGGAACAGAUAGAGAGAGAAGGAGACAAGGAGAGCGAAGGAUCGAAGAGACGAGCGCGGAGCGGGUUGCGCUCGUGUGAAUCGAGCGCUUUAAAGCGUUCGCGCGCGCCCCGAUAAGGCCCGCCCGUCGCGAUAUCGAGCACCGAGGCCACCGAGGAAAUCCCGAAAAUUCGCGAUCUCUUUCUUCCCACACCACGAGAAUCGAAUCUACGACUGCCAGACGUACGUCGAGAUCCGCGUUAUAUUACAGCGCGUGUUGCGCACGCGACCGAUGUGUCAUCACGCAUCGAGGAAGUGAACGAGGAAAACAACGACGUGUUGCGCGCCGAUCGUCCGAAGAUCAUUCGGAAAGAUCGCAGCGCAUCGUGAUAAUCCUCGCGCCUUUUCUACUGUUAACGGUACAAGUGCGGUACAAUACAUAGAUUUCCGAUCUUAUACUCGCGGCUGCUUUGUUUACGCGCGAGGGGGUUGAGCGUAUCGGCGCCUGUCGUUCUCCAAUUGUCCGCAAUUACGGCGCGGAAGUAUUCCGCGAUUUCACGAAUGAGAUAGUAAAAUCGCCGCUGAGAAAAAGAGGAGGAAGAGACGAGAGGAGACGAGAGAGAGCGAGAAGAGAUGUGCCGAGGGCAUCUGCUCAAACGUGACACACGCCAGCGAUUUCUCCCCUUCCCCCUCCCGCGAUGCGGAUAGAUGCGACGUGGGAGGAUCGUUAUCGGGCGGACAAUAAGGUCGAGAGCAAUUGAACUCUCGGCGCGGCGUCGGUGGAUUUCGCCGUUGAUCCAGAAGAACGGACGACGUCGUCGCCUUCCGUCGAUCAUGGAAAGGAAGAGCGGAGGAGAGGCGCGGCCGAAGAUCGAGAUCGUGCGGGUCUCGUCCAUCGAGCGCAGCAACUUCCGGCCGCUGGACGGGGUGCAGCUACGCGCGACCUACAGCCACGUGCGAGUAGGUACUUACUGCCCGGAACCGGAACCCGCGGCCGGCGGACCGACCGAAAAUAAGCCGCCGAUCGAGCAGACGCGACGCUUCAAGAAAAAUUUGGGACCAGUAUCAAGACUGCUGAGACGUCGUCAUCACGCGACAUGCCUUGCCACCAAAUCCUGUGAUAACAUUUAUAGCGUGAAUAGGAAUAGUAAUUCUCUGGACUGGAGAGUCAACCAGAACGCCAACGAACAAGAUCUGCAAGCCAGACAGAGCAGCAGCCUAGACUGGAGAGUAGGAAGGUCCGUCACUUUCAGCUCCAACCGACUCCAUUGGGGAAACGCGACGCGAAGCGCCGAGCAGCUUUCCAGGAGCGCGCCUCUCACUUCCGAUCAUCUUCAGACACCGAGCACGAGAUCGAAACUUGUGUCGCUAUUGAGACGACUCUCUCCACGCCUGUCCCGUCCCGGAAGCAAGGGCUCGCUGCAAUCGUCGCCGACGAUUUGUCCCUGGGUCCAAGUCGAGUACUCGACAGAAUCGAUCGAGGGCGGCAAGCGAGAGGAGUCGCAGGAGAACGAUGCCAGCUUCCAGCAGGAAUUGCAGUUGAACGAGCUGCGGAAACGGAUGGCCGUGAUUGCCUCCACGUCCCAGGUCACGACGAAGUCCGCUACCAAGGAUGACACAAGGCAACAGAGUCUACCGCGACCCAGGAUUCAAGUGCAGGAACCCGAAACCGAAUGUAACCACCGGAACGUCCGCACAGCUGUGCACGAGGAUCGCGUGGACGAGGAGCGGCGAGCGAGCGGGCAGCCUCGGCGCGGCGGUGGCGAGGUGGCGGGUCUGGACGACGUCGACGACUCCUGUGCCGCGACGGUGACAUCGUCGGUACCCGGAGCCGGUGGCAUCCGCUCGCAUCGACGCACUAGACCGCUCUCCUUGGCGGUGCAGCCUCUCAACUAUCAUCGCCUCGAUCCGGAUCCCCGACCGUCAGCGCAGAGCGUCACCAGGCAUCACCCCAACAUGACCAGCCAGGAGAGCAUCGGUAGCUGCAGCCUGGACGUCGACCGCUCUGCGUCCGACCGAUCAGAGAACACCGUGGACUCCGUGUCCGAAAAGACUCUGCACAGCCUGAACCUGUCGUGCAACGGCGAACCGGUGCCGUCAUCCGAGAAUUUAGCGAACGGUAGCAACGAGACGUUGCAGAAGUCGCAUCUCACCCCCGACGAGAAGAAGUUGAACGCCAGCAAUGCUCGUCGCGGCAGCCCCGAGCCGGAGCUGACGGCAGCGAAGAAGCCUAGUUACUUGGGAUUGGCGUGCAGCAUAAGCGGCUACUCAGGAAUCACCAGGUACGACAGUAAACUGAGGGAAGGAUUCCGCUCGAGAGACAGCAGUCCCGGCACGAGGCUGAUCACGAGGGACACGAGUCCUGCAGGUUUCAGAUCCAACGAGAAUCUUAACGUCCCGACGUCCCACCAUCCGCCUAAGAGCCAGUCGAUAUCGCCAUUAGCGAUGGAGAGACAAAACGGAUUCACGAACGGCGUGAAGGAGGAGUGCAAGGUCGAAACGUAUAUGGAGAGUAGAAGUUCAAUCAGCAUGACAUGCCAGGGUUACUCGGAAGUCGACAAGGGAGUGUCGUUGCACGCGGCAUUUCCCGAACUCAGUCCCAUCAGGAUGAGCGCUUCCGCCAGCAAACGGAGCCCCGGAUUGUCGCCGAUGAUGUCCUGCGGACAACAGAACAAGUCUGUGGGCACAGGUUUCUCCUCUCCGAAGCAAGGCGUCACUAAUCUUUCGGGUGCAUCGUUUAGCGAUACUAGUAUUCUAAAUGGCUCGUCGGUAGAGGUUGAGAGUCAAGUGCUAAACACCUCGUCGAGCAGCGAGAAAUCCUUUAUUCAACAGCGAGUGGAGCGGCUGUAUGGUCCAGGUGCUCUAGCGCAGGGUUUCUUCUUCAAACGCAGCAUCACUAAGCUAAAUACUAGCGACAGUAGUUUCAAUAAAUCCAGUAAUAACAAUGACAUUUCGGCAGACAACGCUAACACGGAAGAAUCGCUAAAGAAUCUGCCUGUCCUGCGACAUUUGCGUCCGGAAUUUCGGGCGCAGCUCCCUGUAGUCAGUAGUAGAAAACCCACAGACGGCACAGAACAAGUUAUAAAGCCACUACAAAGGGUAACACCAAUGACGCGAAAAAGCGAGCAGAAGACUCCUUCAACUACGAAUUCACAAAACAGCGUAAUUAGAAGAAUCCCGAUUACCAUAGAGGGUGACGUACCGCAGCGCGAUACGGCUAAUAAAAGCAUACCUGAUCAGCAGCCAGCUGCGCCGAAAGUAGUGUUACCCGUGUUAGAACCUAGCGUCAGCUCGACGAAUAUAGCGAAACAAGCUCAAGAGGCGGAAAAAGUAGUCGAAGAGAAAGAUGGUCAUUAUUUUAUGAAGUUAUUGAAAGAAGAGACAGAUAGACUGCUGUCGUUGGCCGCAUCUGCAGAGGCCGAGUUAGCCAGCGGUGAUACUGUUGCACUGCCAGAAGAGGCAGCUGGGAAGCUGCGAUCUGCCGCGGGAAAAGCAAGACUGUUAGCCUCACAGAAGAUGCAGCAAUUUGAAGGAUUAUGUCAAAAGAAUAUCAAUCAGAUGCCGGGUGAAGAAUUUCCAACGACGAACGAGGACUUGGCUGGCUUCUGGGACAUGGUGAUGCUGCAGGUUGUUCAAGUAAACGAACUUUUUGACCAGAUAGAGAAACUGAAGAAGUCGCAAUGGCAAGAGGUCGUGCCGGACAAGAAAACCGCGUCGGCUUCGCAGCAGAACGGUAAACGCCGAGUCAUACCAGUCCACAAAGCGAAACCGACCGCGAACAGUGAGGCAAACAAAAAGGCGCGAGAAGCGAGGGAGCAAGCGCGACGACAAAUGAUUGAGGAACGGAGACGAGCGAUGCGCUCCAACGCGCAGAACGCCGAUAAUUCCGUCGAGAUCUUCGCUCCCGAAACGUAACGACGAACCAUUGUAUGUCGAGUCCGAGUUUGAUCGAGCGAUACUAUCGCUCGACAUUGCGACUCCUAAGAAAUAUUAGCGUGUAUAGACCGUCAGUUCGAACGCGAAAGGCAAGAGAAAGAAAGGGCUCGAGCUCGUACACGAGACGGCAAUCAGCUUCGGCAAAAAAAAUCAAAUUUGCUUGUUAUAAUUAUUCAUUCAAGAUAUUAUCCUUCGCUGCGCGCGUGCGCGCGCGUGAAUCACACGUGAGUUAUGCGCGGCGAAGAACAGGAAAGUAUUAAGCAGAUAGAUCAUGUAAUAUGUGUUGAAGUUGCUGAAAAUUUAAUACUACUACAAAUAAGAAAGAGAGAGGAUAUACAUACGAGUUAACGAAGAGCAGGUGUUUACGUUUUACAGCGAUUUCUCUUUUUUUUCAUCGAACUUUGACGUGUUUCGAGCAUUCUAGCGCAAUAACGCGAUACGAUAUAUGUCGCUCCUUGUCCAGUAAAGAUAUUUUAUAAACGAAAGGUGAAAUAUUUACUGUAGCACUUUAUCAAAUUGUUUUUCUACGUUACGUGUCUCCGGACAGAAAUUAUUAACUUAUAUUUAUAUUAAUAUUAAAUUAAAAUAAGUUACGUGAGACAGAAGUUAGGAACAGACGACUGAAAAAGGAACGUGGUUCCGCAAGAAUUUUCACUAAUGGGAAUCAGUCGCAUUUUAAAAGUCGAGAGAUGCGUCUAGGUUAAGGAUAAAAAAUUGAUAAGAAUUUGUAACAUAUAAUAAUUUGAUAUAUACAUAUAUAUAUAACGAUUUUUUACACAAAUACAUUAUUUACUAAUUUAUUUAGGAUAGGUUCCGUUUCGAUGAUUCACAAUCUCCUUAACCUAGACGGACAGUUUAUUACGUAGCUUAUGUAUGUAAAUAGAAUUAAUGAAUAUUCACAUUUGCACAAGGCCGACUCCACGCCGAGUGUUCGCCUAAUAGCUUUUUCUAUCAGACGUCGAUAAAGUUUCCCCCGUUGAGAGAUAUCGUCAACACCAGGUAGGAGUAAAAAGAUUCCUAUUAUUCUUAUCGUAUAUAUUGCGCGUCUCACGGCGAUAAAUAUUAUUUUAUUAUUAUUGUUCUAAUUAUGAUCAUGUGCAGUUACACCCUCGCGUCUCCCGCGCGAAACGUGGAUGUACAAAUUGAUCCCACGUUCUCGGAAACGCUCUUAGCGAUGUUUUCAGGUUUCGCGCACGAGGCUAAGGCUAACAAACGCGCUAGGAACACUCGACUGGCUAACAUAUUUUUUGACUACUUGUAAGAUGAUUGUGUUUGACGAAUCGUCGAAUAUUGCACAUAAUUUGAAACGCUUGUCGAAAGAGACAGAGCGAGAGGUGUAUAUCCGGAUGCAAACGCGUGGCAGAUGCAUUGAUAAUAUCCUCACUAUCGCGACGAAUCUCCGCGACGAGAAUCCGACUGUGAUCGACGUACGUAUCCGCCGAAUUUGACAUUCCUACGACAAGAAUAUCUCUCGUCACGACACGUCACAUCCUUCUUUUCUUCGCGUAGUUGUACGAUAGCGUUACUCCUCGGCGUCCGAUCAAUGGUCAGCGGUUCUAACGGCAAGUCAUCAACCAAAUAACACUCAUACUCUAAGUAAAUAAUCCCACGCGCGUCGUCAUACACGAACUGUAAUCGCGAUUCCGUUAUAAUGUUACAUUUCUUAUUAUAAUUGCCAAUUACACUCGUCUCAUUCGAAAUUUUCAUACAAAUUUGCCCAUAUAAUUUAUUGAUUGUUGAUUCCCUUGGUGCCUUCAUUAUUUAUACGUGUGUACAUACAUACAUAAUCGACUGACAGCCGACAAUUUCAUGUACAUGUAUCCAUUUAAGUUAUACGUUCGAUCGAAUUUCACGAAAUCUGUUAAUAAUUGAAAAUAAAAUAAAUAAAUUCCAUUAUUUAUCAGUA